AAGGAAUGGGAAGGACUGUUUUGUGCGCCACUGCACUACAAACUUGACGGACGUACAUGAGGACAGCGCACCGAUAACUUAUCUUAUUGCUGGGCUGGUGGAAAAUUCAUAACACUUUGGAGGUUGAUUUGUGGAUUAUCUGCACCAGACCUCAACAUAGCUGUUUGACGGACCACAAUGGCUGUGUACUCCAGACACCUGGAUCUCUCCUUGCCUUGACAAUACAGUUUACAAUUAAACGUGAGAAAGACAAACAUCUCAUAAUACUUAGCACCAACCAGGAGUUUCUUUGUUGAACUGUUUCUGUUCCUGUUGAGUAUUAUAUCACUGAGCGACUUCAUCAGACAUCACCAUGCCUAUCCUCAAGCAGCUAACCUCGAACCAGUCCAAGCGUCGCUCCCGAGCCGACCUGACUGCAGAGAUGAUCAGUGCCCCUCUCGGGGACUUCAGACACACCAUGCAUGUAGGUCGUGGCGGCGAUGCCUUUGGGGACACCUCAUUCCUCAGUACCCGGUCUGGGGAGCCCCCUAAAGAACCAGCUCCAGAGGUGCAGCAGAGCUCCCCUGGACCUGUCCCCAAACCAGGCCUGCUGUCCCGAACCUUCAGGAGCAGUAAGCGCUCCCAGUCGGUGAACCGUGGCGAGAAUGCGUUGGAACCCCCUGGUGGCUCGCCAAACUUUGUGAAAAACGCCAUCUCACUGCCCUACCUCAACGACGAUGAUGCGGGCAGGAUGGGCGGUGGUCCCCGGAUGCCCAAGAGCGUCUCCUCCAGCCCUCUGAAGAAGCUGCCCGAGGUCGAAGGAAUCAGAAAACCGGUCAACGGUGCCGCGGCUAUGGACCUGGAGUUCGAUGAGCAGAACUUUGGAGAACUGACUGACCUGCCACCGUCCCAUCUUCGAGGUGGUGGGAUGAAGCAUGCGGAGUCCAUCAUGUCGUUCCACAUCGACCUGGGGCCCUCCAUGUUGGGGGACAUCCUGGGGGUGAUGGAGAAGGAGGAUGAUGAUCUGGGAUACGAGGAGGGGAAGGGCAGCGAGGGCCGUGGGUCACCCCCCCUCAGUCCUCCCACCACGGAGGACAAUGUUGAGGACCAGGUGGAUCUACAGCCGCCAGUCAGGCCCCCACGCAGCACCUAUCCCCAGCAGAAAAUCAUGGCAGACCCCCCCAACACCCCUCCCAGGAACUACCACAGCCACCUGGACAGCUGCUCUUUUUCCUCCUCCGGCUCCGCUGCUCUUGAGGAGAAGCCACUCCACCACCUGCAGGAGGGGGACACGGACAGCGCCAAGUACAGCUCUCCGGGGGUUGGGGGGGAGGAUGACAAAGACUUCUCCUUCAUGGACGAGGACGAAGAUGAAAUCAGGGUGUGAAACAAAACAGGGCUGUAACACCACCGACACAGAACGUGAUUUAUAAAGACACCAUAACAUGGUUUGCGAGGACACGGCUGGAGAUGCGUAUUCUUCAUGAGUUUUGAAGCUAGUACAAGCCUGGGAGGGAAGGGUUGGUGCACCUACAUUUUUACAUAUGGAUCUAUCCAGAGAAUCUCCAUGUGCACACCUUAUUCUGCUAUACUUCCUGUAUUAGGAUUCAAUCACUCACCAUCUGUUACUGAGCCUUAUUCACUCCAGUGUGUGUCCUAUGAGUCCUUUUACUCUAGCCAUUACAGAAUUCCACACACACACACACACAUACACACAUACACACUAGUUAUUGGUUUGAGGGUUUCCUUUUGUAGAAAUACGAUCUGUCAUGAUGAUCUAAUCCCACAGUUCCAAUAUGUCAUCAGUGUGUUUAUGCUUUAAGGGGGCACAUCUCAAGGAUCUCAACCCUCAUAUCCACUUAUAUCCAACAUGAACAUAUCCCACCCACGCCCCCAUUGUCUUUUCAUCCAGAGGAUUUCCCUUCCCUAACAUUCCCUAUAGCGCAUUAAUAAGGAAGGGAAAGCCAACCACCAACCAGCGGUCUUCACACUGUCACAUUUUUUAAAAGUGGAAGUAUGGAGGUUGACCGAGGUCACUUUUGAUCAAACGGCAGUCCUCCUCGAGGGAGGUGUGAUGCGUUAGGUGGAGGCCGGGUCAUAUGAUGUAAUGGGAUGAACGGUAUGUUUCUCACACAGCUUUGGAGGAAGGAAGAGGGGAAAAAGAAAUGAAGAAGAGAAAAGUAUCCCAGGGUUUAGCUAGCGUAGCCGCAUAGCCUUGGGGCCUUGAAUUAAUUGUGUGUGUUGAGGGAAGUGAGAAUCGUGAGAUACAGUUAAAAUAUUGGUUUGUUAAUGUUCAGAAGUUUAAGUUUUUUUUGUUUUUUUUCUACGUUUAUACAUUGUAUGCACAUACAUCAUUGGUUUGUCUUCUAGCAGGUUCUAAAUCAAUGUCACAACUUGGUGGUUCAUUAUUCUAACCAUUAGUCAGCUUUAGUGUCAACUGUUCACUUACAAUGGACCAGUUUUCUAAACAUGCUCUAUACAGUCUGAUGUCAUAAAUGAGCCAACAGUUUCAUUUGUUAGUAACUACUUAUUGGAUUAAGUCACCAUUUUGAUUAAAGGGAGCUUUGUUAAAGUUAGGGUGGAUUCUGGAGAUCUUUAGUUCAUCCAAGCCUAAGGUACUAUCCAACCCAGUGAGCCAAUUUAGGCCUUAGCUUUGGAGUUGUUUGUUAGGCCAUGAGUCCAUGACACUUUGUUAGCUCAGAUCAAUGGACUCAGUAGAAACAUAGAAACACACACAACAACACUGAUCUCAGUCAUAUUUCCCUUGCUAGCACUGCCAAGGUAUAGCAAGAUGGCUCACACUCUAAAACACUACUGUACAUAAAGAAUCACAUUUUUUUAGUUUUCAUGUACAUUUUUCUCUUUUUUUUGGCUUUACUUAUUAUUAAGGACAAAUGUCAAUUUUGCUAAGAAAAUUUGCCCUUUUUGUUUGCYGCUUUCGUGUCCAGUAGCACUUUUAUUGUACAUAUGUUUUAGAAACCGAUUUUAAAAUACAAUUUACAGUAGCAGAGAAAGUGGUUGUGAACAAGUGGUGACUGUACAAUAGUAGACUGUCAUGUCUACAGAUGUAGAAUCUUAAUUUGAGCCAGUUUGCUACAAAUAAUCCUGCAGCAACAGGAAAUGUGAAUUAUUAUGUGGAUUAUAAUUAAUCUACAUUUUUGUAGGGGUUGAUACAUUUUUCAUAAGGGGAAAUCAGGUCUGAAACUUCAGACGCCUUUAAACCUUGAAUACACUACACGUUUUACAUUUCUUGCAUUGCAGGAAAGUUCUGCAACAGGGUGAUCUAAUUAAGAUACUAUAUCUGUAUGUGGUCAUCUCUUGCCCCACACACACCACAGGCUUGUAGGAUCAGCAGGUUAGGAGCAAGAGGAGAGACGUCUGAAGGGAGGAGGAUAUAAGUAAUAAGAGAACACUAGUGAUAAGUGACUGUUACCCGCCUUUCUCCAUUGCGCCAUGCAGGCCUGGGCUACCGUAGGAGAAGAUUGAAUCAACACCAUCUGGCUUCCCUCCACCCUCUCAUUCAUAAACAUAUUUGGCUUAUUGGUCGGUAACUGACCCAACGUCUCAUCCAUUCAUGAGUCACAUGUCUGGGAAAGGAAAGGACAGGUGCACCUGUUUAGUUUCUCCUACAGUUGUGUGCCAAAUGGCACCCUAUUCCCUAUAUAGAGCACUACUUUUGACCAAGGCCCAUAUAGCAAAUAGGGUGUCUUUUGAGAUGCAUGCAGUGUGACUAGGUUCCCCCCUCACUCACAUUCAUUAAUUUGGUCAGAUUAUGAUCUCAUCUGUUAUGGUAAAGCAGGAAGUACCUGCUCAAUCCUUCCUGGAUCCCUGAGUAAUCUAUUGCCUUUAUGCCUGUGAAAGGAAAUUAUAUUUGUGACACUGGGGGAGCACUGUUUUUGUUUCCUGUUAUGGUGUUGGUUGGGCGAGUGAGGGGUGGGGCACAUUAUCCUAUGGUGUUGAAGUGAGGGGAGGGACAAUUCCAGGAUGUGACAUCACUCAGCCAUGCGUUCAUGCUAUGUAUGUCAUGUGGACAUGUAUGUAUUAAAGAGAUCAGUCGAGUACAUUGAUUAAAAUGACCAGGUGUAAAUGUGCCAAGUAUGUAAUAGUCAUCCUUUUUACAUUUUUGAUGUUUCUUGAUUUUUUAAUGACACAUUUACAGGCUACAGCAGUAUAGGCUACUUACAAUAAGUCUCAGGCCUCUCGCACUGUUCAUUUGUAAAUGGGUCAAAUUUGGGAUUGCUUUGUUAUUUGAAACUCCGUUGCUUGUUCCAUUUGUUGUAGAAUUUGUCUAUGGAAAGUGGGUUGAGCUGCUGUAAUCCCUUACCUGUUCUUACCCAAUAUGGGGAUAUUUUCAUCUAUCAAAACACUCCUUCCUAUUCACCACCAUUUUAUUUGCUGCUGAAGAGAAGUAGAUAAAUACUAAUUGUAUCGUCUAUGAAAAAUGGUAACUAUUGCUAUGUUUCGUUAUAGGCAUUAUGGCAUAGUGACGCUAAUGUAAGAGCCAUCAGAAGGUAAAGUGGCUUUCAACUGCAAGCGGAUUUCAGUGCCCUGGCCUGAUGCCUGUGGUAAAAAGGGGAAAGGAUUGUUCUUUUUCAGUCUCAGCUGUAGAAUGUUACAUAGUUUUUAUGCCAAGAAUGUGCURUUUUUCUUCUACUUUCUCUCGUUCUACUGUAUAUUAAUAUAUUUACCUCCCUCACUCUUCCUCUUCUGAAAUAACAGCUAUAUUUUUAAAUAAAAAGGGAAAGCUGGUCAUCUUUA